AUGGCUUUCAGAACAUUCUUACAUUUAGGUGAAAAUGCAUGUAAAUGUAUUUUUGCAACUGUACAGUUUAAAUCUAAAUCACACGUAGUUGACCAAUAUAAACAAGUUAGAAAUUUUUAUAAAUUUAGAGGUAAAACAAAAGUAAUAAAGACCCAUUUACCAAAUGGUUCUUCAAAAACACAACCAGAGCAUAUUGGGAGUUUGUGGAAACCAUUAACUUUUACAAUUAUGUUUAGUGGAACAACAUUUAUUGGUGCUGCCAUUUGGGAGUAUGAGCGUAUCAGAGAAAAAGCCUAUAAGAUGAUUAGAAAUUACGCGCAAAGGAGAAUACAUCGAACAGGAUGGCGAUAUAAAAUGCACACUUGGUGGAACAACUUGUCAGAAGGGGAAAAAAUGUUUGCUCCUAUAUGUUUCUUAAAUGUAUUAGUAUUUUUAUCAUGGCGCAUACCCGCAUUUCGACCAACAAUGUAUCGAUAUUUCUGCAGCAAUUCUGGUGCAUCAUGUUGGCCAAUGCUAUUCCUAACAUUUUCUCAUUAUUCCCCUUUUCAUUUACUUAUCAACAUGUAUGUAUUGUACAAUUUCUCUACUGUUGCUGUGUCAACACUGGGUAGAGAACAAUUUAUGGCACUUUAUUUAACUAGUGGUGUGGUAUCUAGUUUUUCAAGCUUUUUAUAUAAAGUUGCAUUUGGUAUAACAACACCUUCCUUAGGAGCUUCAGGAGCAUUAAUGGGUAUCCUUGGAUUUAUAUGUACUGAAAAUCCAAAUAUGUAUCUGACUAUUGUUUUUCUUCCUAUGUGGAAAUUUACAGCAAAUACAGCUAUUAAAGCUGUAAUGGGACUGGAUGCCUUAGGAUGUCUUUUGCGUUGGCGAAUAUUUGAUCAUGCAGCACAUUUGGGUGGAGCAUUAUUUGGAAUAUUUUGGCAUGCAUGGGGUAAUGCUAACAUAUGGCAAAAACGUGAACCAGUAUUAAUGCUUUGGCAUCAAUUUCGUGAACCACCUAGGUCUCAUUAA